AGCUUCUGGGAAAAGCCGCCCACCCGCGCCCCUCUCCCAUUUCCGCAAGGGAAUGUGUUCCCCUUGGCUUUAGAUAAGUAAGGAAACAGCAGGUUGGAACCAGGACUAAGAGAAAACUGGUCGGAGAGAGGCAAUGGCGGAUCCACUGAGGGGUUGGGGCUGCAGAGAGCUGUUCCUGCUCUCCAUGCUGCUGGGGACGCUGUGGGGAGCCGGGGCCGGGCAGAUCCGCUACUCGGUGCCAGAGGAGCUGGAUAAAGGCUCCUUCGUGGGUAACAUCGCCAAGGAGCUCGGGCUGGAUUCCUGGGAGCUGGCGGAGCGCGGAGUCCGCAUCGUCUCCAGAGGUAGGACGCAGCUCUUUGCUCUGAACCCGCGAAGCGGCAGCUUGGUCACCGCAGGCAGGAUAGACCGCGAGGAGCUCUGCGCUCAGAGCGCGCGGUGUCUGGUGAGUUUUAACGUCUUGGUUGAGAAUAAAAUGAAAAUGUAUGGGGUAGAAGUAGAAAUAAUCGAUAUUAAUGAUAACUUCCCGCGUUUCCGGGAUGAGGAAGUAAAAGUAAAAGUUAAUGAAAUGCGGCUGUGGGAACGCGGUUAGUACUUCCUUUUGCUCGAGAUGCCGAUGUGGGUGUGAACUCCCUCCAGAGUUACCAGCUCAGCUCCAAUAU